AUGUCGAUAUCUUCGGAAAAAUCUGAUAUUGAACUACAACCAUUUGAAGCUGUUGAUGUUCUGGGAAAAAAUGAAAAAGAUUCGGAUCGACCAAAAGCUCUUCUUCUUUUGUUAGCGAUUCUGUUGAUUGUUAUUUUUUCGGUCUAUUUUAUUUUUGUUAACUUGAGAUGUAAGUUUAGAAAAUUCCAAAAAGACCAACUUUUCGAAUAAUACAGAUUUCGGAAUCAAAGUUGAGAAAGAGUGCCCAACAAACUGGACAAGUUUGAAUCGAACAAUGGGAGAAUGGUGUGUUCAAGUGUUUUUCGGAAAUAUUAACUUGGCAGAAGCUCAACAAAUUUGUUCAAAUAAUUCUGCAGUCAUUUCCAGUAUUGAAAACACCGACGAACUUCAACUUUUCUCAAAAAUGGCUCAAGUUUCGCACAAAAAUUAUAUUUAUGUUGGAGCGCGCAGAACAGAAAAAUGUAUGAAUUCGAAAUUGAGCGAUGUUUGUACAAAAGAGACAAGUUUUGAAUGGACAGAUGGAUUUACAAAAGGAGUUGAAGGUUUUCAAUGGGAAGAUACUCAACCAGAUAAUCAUUUGGGAGAUCAGAAAUGUGUUGUUCUUGGUGUCAAAACUUCUUUAUUAGAUGAUGAAAGAGAAAGUGCAAUGCGUGGGGGAGUAAUCUGCGGAGCCAGACCCAACUAG